AUUACCUUCAGGUGAUAAAUCUAUGAUCAAGAGGAGAUACAUGUACCUAACAUAGGAGAUUUUGAAAGAGAAUCCCAGUGUUUGUGAAUAUAUGGCACCUUCAUUGGAUGCCAGGCAAGACAUGGUGGUGGUAGAGGUACCUAGACUAGGGAAGGAGGCUGCAGUGAAGGCUAUAAAAGAAUGGGGUCAACCAAAGUCAAAGAUUACCCACUUAAUCGUUUGCACUACUAGUGGUGUAGACAUGCCUGGAGCUGAUUACCAACUCACAAAACUCUUCGGUCUUCGCCCAUAUGUGAAAAGGUAUAUGAUGUACCAACAAGGUUGCUUUGCAGGAGGCACGGGGCUUCGUUUGGCUAACGAUUUGGCUGAGAACAACAAAGGUGCCCGUGUAUUGGUUGUUUGUUCUGAAGUCACUGCAGUCACAUUCCGCGGCCCUAGUGAUACUCACUUGGACAGCCUUGUUGGGCAAGCACUGUUUGGAGUCAGAGCUGCUGCACUUAUUGUUGGUUCUGAUCCAGUACCAGAAAUUGAGAAACCUAUAUUUGAGAUGGUUUGGACUUCACAAACAAUUGCUCCAGAUAGUGAAGGAGCCAUUGAUGGUCACCUUCGUGAAGCUGGACUAACAUUCCACCUUCUAAAAGAUGUUCCUGGGAUUGUUUCAAAGAACAUUGAUAAAGCAUUAGUUGAGGCUUUCCAACCAUUGGGAAUUUCUGAUUACAACUCAAUCUUUUGGAUUGCACACCCUGGUGGCCCUGCAAUUUUAGAUCAAGUAGAGCAAAAGUUAGCCUUGAAGCCUGAAAAGAUGAGAGCCACUAGAGAAGUGCUUAGUGAAUAUGGAAAUAUGUCAAGUGCAUGUGUUUUGUUUAUCUUAGAUGAAAUGAGAAAGAAAUCAACUCAAGAUGGUCUGAAGACAACAGGAGAAGGACUUGAAUGGGGUGUGUUAUUUGGCUUUGGACCAGGACUUACCAUAGAAACUGUUGUUUUGCACAGUGUCGCUAUAUGAAAUGCUUAAUUAUUUUAUUUUUAUUUAUCACUUCCAAAUUUGCUUGAUUUUUAUGUAAGGAUGAAAAACUCGUCUACAGUUCAACAUUUUUAAAAUACAACGGUCCUGAGAGAGUUCACACUCAUCA